UGCGACUCGAGCAAAGAGACAGAAGCCUACAGUCUGUGCUGAUAAAUGUGGCUAUUGCGGCGAGAUUAAAAAAAUCUUAUAACAAAUUUGUUGUGCCUUGCUAGAGUAAGAAGUUCUCUCUUUGUAAAACUCAGCAAUGCUCUACAAACACUUGAACUUUCAUCUAUUUGUCUUUCGGGUAUCUAUUGUUGUCGCUUUUUUGGAGUCAGUUGCUAGUGAGCAAACAGUACUUUGUCCAACUGAUGAUAGCAAAGUUGUCUUGCCGUACGAGAAAACUAUUACGCUAUACAGUCUUGCUGGAACAAAUAUGGAAAUCUUAGCACGUAAAUUUCCAAUAAACGAAAAGUCAAACAAGUUUGUAGAUUCUCAGAAUUACAGUUGGACCGUCAAUGCUUUUGGAACUAACUUUACCUAUCAGUGGCAAAAAGCAGUCAAAGCGUCACACGGAAAUACAUAUCCGACAAUCUUCAAGGCGUUUUACAAAAAGCUCAAAGUAAUUGGUAUUAAAAAGGAAUACGAUGGUGUGCGCCUAAGAUAUACAGUUGUGCUACCUAAUUCUACGAACUUACAUUCAAAAACGGCGACUUUACGUGUCGGUGGUCUUCCCACAAUAUCAGAACAAUCUACCGUUAUUCUGAGUGAAUCCAAUUCUCGUGUAAAAGCUUGUUUUAAUGUUACUGGUAGUCCCAAGCCUUCUCUGAAAAUUGAUCAACAAGCCAACAAAAUAGUCGACAGUUCUGUUGAAAUAGCCGACAACUGCGUCUACUUCGUGCCUGAAAACGUCAAAAAUGCCGAAACAAUUAUCGUGGCAGCAGAAAACUGUUUUGGACAAUCAUAUGCUACCAUUAAUGUUUCAAAAUUUCAAAGCACUCUAGAUUCUCAAACCAUUAAAUCACAUACUCCACAUGUUAGUAAUGCCAAUGCAAACGGUACCCUCAAACCGUCAGAAUCCUCUCCUGUUUCUUCAUACUUAAUCAGUGCAACAACACAAAGCACUAUAGAAGUAAAGAACAAGACUUCAUCAGGAUUUCCAAUUUGGGCAUCUGCAAUUAUUGCCAUUUUUAGUAUUGCAGCGCUAAUACUUGUUGUCUUUCUCAUCAUACGUUACGUUAGAAAAAAACGACUAUCAAGAGCAGCAAGUCAAGAAUCAAAGGACGAUGACUUGAUGGAUUCAGAACCAACUGUGUAUGCAAUACCAAUGAAGAAGCGAGCGGUGGUAUCACCUUUCAUUAAAGAGUCUGCAGCUGUAACAGCAGAACAACAGCCUUCAAUGAUCCUAGCAAACCAGAAUGCAUUAGACUCUUCAUCAACUAACCAAACCGAAACUCUUCUUUACUCGAAUUUGUCUCAAGCUGAGACCAACACGGCCUCUCAGGGCGUCAAGCUUGACGAGUCUGAGUUACUAUGCGAGGAAGAUGCACAAGCAAUGUAUGCCACACCAGUAAAGACUACAACGCCAAAUUCACAGCCCGAAAUCGAGCACGACAAUACGUUAACAGUUACGCAGCAAUCGAGCCAGGAAGGCUACGACGUGGCAGCUCCUCACAUUACUCAUUCGAAUGCCCGUUCUCCAAAUACGAGACACAAAGACAGCGCCGCAAUGUCGUCGACUUUGGAGUAUGCUGAGUUGCAGUUAGGAAACAACCCGGUGGGCCCUGCAGUUCCAUCUGCUGCUACUGUCACGUAUGCUAGCAUACAAACAUAACUAUGAAGUUCACUCUUGGCUAAGACGUUUAGCUAACAAGACUUUUGAGUCGGUUCUUUAACGAUUAUGCAAAAAUUUGCGCAAUUUUGAAAUAUAAGUGAAAUUUGUUGCCAUGGGUUAACUCCAGGGUACUCAUUUUCAUGAUCUUUGCUUGAAUUUUCAGACUCCGAC